CGGAUUCCGACCGGAUCACGGCCGUUUCAGAGCAACCGGCGCCGUCUGUGGCUGCAGGCCAUUAAACAUGUGGACUGGAAGGAGGACAAAACCAAAAAUGCUCGAGUCUGCAGCGCCCACUUUAUUUCAGGUAAGGUUAUCUAUGUACUGUGAUUUACAGGAAAGCGUUGUUUACAUUAGUGACUGUCUGUAUGACGUAAGUACUAGUGAAAUGCAGCUGAAGUUUGAGAAGCUGUCAUUCAUCUGAACUCUGACUCCCCUUGUAUAAGCUAGCAGACUUUUUCUCUUUUCCUGCCUUUCCUAUCUUCUUUUUCUCCUCUCCUUUCUUAUGCUACGUUCCAGGUAACCCGUAACUCGUGUUUUUCCAACCUUCUGCCGGUGAAAAUGCACUGGAAUGGCAGUCAAACCUGUCACUUCCACCCGUGAACUCGUAUUAGACGUACUCCCAGUUCCGAGUUCUGACGUCACGUAGCAAUGACAGCCCGCGUGACUGCGGUGUUUACGGAGAUUGUUUAUUCAGGUUUUGCUCAUACGUCACAUGAUCACGUGGUUUUCUGUUUACGACGCCAUAUUGGUAGGCAAGCUUUCCUUGGAUCGUACAAUUGCCCAUUGUUGGUGAUAUUUCUCUUUCUCCUGUGUAGAUCUACAGUAACACAAAGCUUUAAGCAGUGUGACCAUGGUAACCACAUGUGUUGCCGUUGGUUGCAAUAAUCGGCAAGACAAAAACGCCGGUAAAUCCUUCUAUAGAUUUCCGAAGGAUCCAGAACGGAGGGGGCUGUGGACUGCAGCCGUAAAACGCGAAGGCUGGCAGCCAUCCAGCACCAGCCGAGUAUGCAGCGACCAUUUUAUUGAGGGAAAAAGUGACAAUCCUAAGUCCCCUGAUUAUGUGCCUUCGUUGUUUUCACACCUGAGAUCCCCACAAAAAAGGAAGGCCAGAGAACAUCUGGAGACCUUCAAAAGGAGGAGUCUUACAAAAACCAAAAGAAAAGAAGGUGAGGCGUCAUUGGACUCUACUAGUCCUGAUUUUGUGCCAUCUGUGUUUAUGUUCACAAAACAAAGGCAGAACCCAAAACCAAAGAUGGACAGGGUGAGAGUGUGUGAGCGGAGACCCAGAGCGGAGAGGGCCCCCCCUGUCCAUGAAGAGGAGGUGGAGGUGCUUACCCUUCCACCGGACCAUGAUUACUGUCGGACCACAACAACAAAGAGCGCACAUCAGCUGGCUGAGGAAAAGGAUGCACUGGAUCCACAAAUUCAGGCGCUUCAGCUGCGGAGUUGUUUUGGACUAAAGCGCUUUGCAGGAUCGGACGAGGACAUCCGAUUUUACACCAGAUUCCAUUCUUAUGACCACCUGAUGGCCUUCUGGAGGCUCAUCGAGCCAGCUACAUCAAAGAUGAUCCGUGUAACAAACGCCAAAGAAGCAUCGGUCUCUGUGGCAGAGAAGACAACAUCAUACAAAUCAAUUAAGUUGCUGCCCAUAGAUGAGUUCUUUCUUUUUCUUACGUAUCUAUCAACUGGAAGCACACAGACAGAGCUUGGCCACCAGUUCAACAUCCAUCGGACAACAGCCAGCAGAAUCAUCACAUCCUGGGCCAACUUUCUUUACUGUCUGCUGGGAGCUGUGUGUAUCUGGAUGACACCUGAAGAAAUCACAGCCAAACUGCCUCCUGAGUUCAAGGAUUACGCAGACACUCAGGUCAUUGUUGACACUACAGAGCUGCGGUGCCAAACUCCAUCCUCACACUGUACCUUCAAGGCCAUGAUUGGUAUGGCACCACAUGGUCCUCUGACAUUUGUUUCUGCGCUCUAUGGGGGCUCUAUCAGUGACCGUGAGCUCUUCAGUCUGUCGGGCAUCAUACCUCUCCUGUCUCCUGACAUGGCUGUGAUGGUGGACGAGGGCUUUCAGGUGGACGACCUUGUGCCAGGAAAACUUCAUAGGCCUGCGUUCUGCUCCAACAAGGAGCAAAUGGCAGCACAUGACAUUCUGGAGACCCAGUCAAUCGCGCGGCUACGAGUUCACAUUGAAAGGCUAGUAAGGCGGGUUAAGGACAACAAACUUUUUGAUACUGUAAUCCCUCUGUCUAUUUCUGGGAGCAUUAACCAACUUUUCACCGUAGCUUGCAUCUUGUGCAAUUACCAAAAUGGACCUCUAGUCAAAGACUGAAGAGUACACAAGAUACACAAGAGCCAGGUAUAAAUCUGACUGUUUGCUUCAUGGUUGGCGGCUCCUCUUCCUCCUUUACCUUUUUUUUUUUUUUUUUUUUUUACAAAUAUACUGAUUCACAUCACAAUUUAGUUUUGCCUUACAUCUACUGACUUGUAUUUUUUGACUCGUCUCCCUUCAUGUUGUUUAAUUUCCCUUAAGUAGGCCUGACUCAUUGAAUAUUUGUUUAAAAUCUAGCAGUACAUUGGUGUGGGUUCAUUUUUGCUGUGUACAUUUUAAGUCAAGUGGUCAAUUCAAAAAAUGUUACACUUCUGUUUAGCUCAUAUUUUCUGAUUAAUAAGUUACUUGACAAAUUUAAAUGAACUUAAAGCAACCCACUUGAAGGCCUCACAUUAUAAUGAGAAAUCCACAAGAACAAGACAGUUCUCAGAAGUCAUUGUUUACUGAUAAUUCAUUUUAUUCAGGGUUCGUACACACCGUGUAUAUGUAAAUAAAAACUCAAAGUAAAUUCAAAGGUUAUUAUAUCAGAACAGAGAAAACUGAAGAAAAAGUGACUUUUCAGUAAAAUAUACAAUGAACUGAA